CUUAAUGCACGCGAAACGCGACUAGCACGGGGGGAAAGAGAAAACCAGGUCAGAGAAUUCGCUGUGUUCGUUUCUUGGCUGGAUCCGAUUAGGGUUCUUCACAUCGAUGAGCGAUCGUCGCUAGCGCGCGCGGCCAGGCAGCGAUGAAGUGCAUCAGGUUCUCCCACAGCGGCGGCGACAAGCGGCCGGAACCCAGGAGCAGGAAAUCGAUCUGGAACCUCUCCUCCAGCGGCGGAUCCAAUCCCGAUAACGCCCGGCGCUCCGGCUCCGAGGCGAAUUCCCAGACGGACGCCAGCGGCAGCGGCCAAGGGUCUCCGGCCUCGAAUUUCCUGCUCAGCUCCUCGAUGCGCCAGAACGAGCUCAAGGUCUUCUCGUUCGCGGAGCUCAAGGCGGCGACGAGGAAUUUCCACCGCACGCAUUGGCUGGGCGAGGGUGGAUUCGGCUGCGUCUACAAGGGAUUCAUCAAGGUCAACAGGACCGACGGCACCGAGUCCAAGGUAGAAGUGGCGGUGAAGCAGCUCAAUGGCAAGGGAUUGCAGGGACACAAGGAAUGGCUCUCGGAGAUUAGAUACUUGGGAGUCGUCGACGAUCCCAACUUGGUGAAGCUCAUCGGCUACUGCCUGGAAGACGAUCCUCGAGGCGUCCAAAUGCUACUCGUGUACGAGUUUAUGCCCAAGGGGAGUCUCGAAGGCCAUCUUUUCAGGAGAGGGCCCCCGGUUCUUCCGUGGGAGGCCCGAGUUAAAAUCGCGCUGGGUACUGCUCGCGGACUGGCAUAUCUUCACGAGGAGCUACAGAUCCAGGUACAUGACUUGUCCAAGUCAGUGUUUUCACUCUUUUUCCUACCCAAGCAGAUCAUUUAUCGCGACUUCAAGACGUCAAACAUUCUUUUGGAUGAUUCGUUUGGUCCAAAGCUAUCCGAUUUCGGGCUCGCAAGGCUUGGGCCCGAGGGCGGUGAUAGUCACGUUACGACCGCUGUUGUGGGAACUGUAGGCUAUGCGGCUCCAGAGUACGUCCACACUGGUCACCUCACAGCCAAGAGUGACGUCUGGAGCUUUGGCGUUGUUUUGCUGGAGCUGCUCACGGGAAGGAAAGCUCUCGACAAAAAUCGCCCAAAGAACGAGCAGCGGCUCUUGGAAUGGGUCAAGCCUUACAUUUCUACAAGCCGGAAGUUCCACCUUAUCAUGGACCCGAGCCUCGAAGGCCACUACCCUCUCCAAGCGGCUCAAAAGAUGGCGAGCCUCGCGGCAAGCUGCCUCACGAGGCAGCCAAAGGCACGACCGAAGAUGAGCGCGCUCGUGGAGGGCCUCAAGCAGGUGCUUGCGAUCCCGGUUCCAGAUGGCGACGGCACCGAGUGCAAGGAAAACACUCCCCAGAAGUUGGAGAAGUUUCAUUCGGACCCCGGAGUGACCAGAGAGAAGCUCUCGGUGUGGAAGAUGUUCACGGUGCCGAAGCUUGUGAAGACUUGAGAAGCUUGAUCCAGAGUUUGGUCCACAACUUUCAGCCUUCUUCGUACAGCUUAGCGCCACGGCCGUGUAGCCUUUGACGCCUCCUGGAAAGGUUUUUGCGACGUCGUAGCUUGGUAGAGGAGCAGCGGACUUGAAGCAGAUCUCGCAGCUUGUGGCUACAAUCCAGGUCGGGCCGGGUAUCCAGUAGCACGCGUGGACCUUCACGAAGUGACGCUGCCGUGGUUGACGUUGUCGCUUGGCACCCGGAAAGAAGUUGGAUGGGAUUAAUGCUGUAGUCUGUGGAAGAUUUGACGAUUCCCAGCACUGAUUUUGGACGGAUAAGGUCGACAAAGUCUCUGGCCUCGGAGAAGCAGCAAUGAAGCGAGUACGGGACGACGUUAAUCAGCCGCGAAGAAGCGUCAGCAGCUUGGUUGUCGCUGGUUCUUUCCCGGGAUUUGUAGCAGCUUUCGGAGCACAGCAGCUUUGGCUUCGGCUUUCGUCCGGAGGAUGGAUUGCACAGGCAUAAGCAGCCGGUUGGAAGGAUUCCCAGAGUCGGACGAAUCUCAUUCAAGAGCUUUAGGCUCCGGGUGGAGACGCUGCAGCGUGGAACGGCCCGGAUCCGUGUGAUGGAAGUGUCGGUCGUGAAAACAUCCGGGAGCUGUAGCAAGUGCAUUGUUUUCAACCGUUGUGGCCACAGACAGAUCUAGAAAGAAAAACCAGCAGAAAAGAAUGUUUGCCAACUCAUUCCCAGGAAAAUAGAAGAAAGUAGGAGUA